UCUUUUCACAGGAGCUGCCGAUACAAAGGCCUGGCUGGGGAGAAAUCCCGAGCCACCUGUGACAUCAAGAUCAAGAUCAACGCGGCAAAUGAAGACACGGGGAAGGGCGUGACAAGAAGCACAUGACCACUGAUGUCUGAAAGCAGAGGAUGGAGGGCAGGGCGUGGAAGCUGGAGGGGAGGAAGAGGGAACUGGAGAGGAAGAGGAGGGAACUGGAGGGGAAGAGGAAGCAACUGGAGAGGCCGAGGAGGAAACUGGAGAGGUUCUGGUGGAAAUUGGAGGGGCAGAGGAGGAAACAGUCAAGGUGUGGGAGAGUCAAUGCUGCCAACCCCUACCCCUGCAUGGCCUCCGUCCCAGCCAGUCAUCACGUCAAUGCUGCCUCAGGUCCCCACACCCUACAAAGGCUGGGCACUCUACAUGACAAAUGCCUACAGUGAGCAUUCAGAAACGGUGGGGUUUGUGCGUGCCUUUGAAAAGUACUUGCGGCAAAUUUACCCCAGCUGUCUACGCAGUGAGUUGGAGGAGCGCAGGGCAUUUUCAGUUGACCUCAAGGAGCUACUGAAUGAUGAGAAUGUGAAGGAAGCCAUUCCACAACUCCCCACCCUGGUUUUAAACUCACCUGAAGGAGUCAUAAACUGUCUUGGCCUAGCAAUGCACCAGUUAGUGACGGAGGAAGUGGAGGCUGAGCUGAAAGAAGAAGCAAAAGAGGUACUGGGCAGGGCAGGAGAGGAUGCCAACAAGGCAGCUCUAGAGUCCCUGGUGCCUGUCACUAACCUGCCACGCAUCCAUGCUCGCCUCACCAACCAUGCCAAGCUUACCAAACUGUGUUCCCUAAAGUCCAGCCACUAUGGGAAGCUGGUGAGUGUAAGAGGAACAGUGGUUCGUGUGAGUCCCGUCAAGCCACUGUGCACCAUGUUGGCCUUCUCUUGUCUGGGGUGUGGGGGCAUGCAGGGUGUUGGGCAGCCGGAAGGUCGCUACUCAGUGCCCUCGUCCUGUGCUGCCACCCCAGGCUGUCGCUCAAGGUCAUUCAUGCCCGAGAGAUCCCACCGACUGACUCAGACUGUAGACUGGCAGACCUUCACCAUGCAGGAGAUUAUCAGUGAUGACCCGAGGGAGGGCGGCAGGAUCCCUCGCACUGUGGACUGUGAGGCAAGAGAAGACUUGGUGAAUUCGUGUGUACCGGGAGACUUGGUCACCAUCACAGGCAUCGUCAAGGUUAGCCAGAGCCAAGAGGCCCGAGGUGGCAAGGGAGACAAAUGCAUGUUCCUCCUCUACGUUGAUGCCUCAUCCAUCAUUAAUGGCAAGGGCAGAGGCACUGGGCCAAACUCAGUGUCUGUAGGAAUAGAAUUUAGCCUCAAGGACUAUUAUGGAAUUCAGGAGAUACAAGGUGAACCCAACCUGUUUCGCUUGCUGGUUGGUUCACUCUGCCCAUCCAUCUAUGGUCAUGAAAUGGUCAAGGCUGGACUGCUGCUGUGCCUCUUUGGGGGAUGUGGCCGGGGAGGCAAAGGAGGUGUGGCAGUGAGGGGGAACUCACACAUACUGGUGGUGGGAGACCCAGGACUUGGCAAGAGUCAGAUGCUGCAGGCAUGUACUAAUAUGGCUCCAAGGGGUGUUUAUGUGUGUGGCAACAACACCACCACUCCAGGCCUGACUGUGACCCUGUGCCGUGAGGGAGGGGGGGCAGGGGACUACGCCAUGGAAGCUGGUGCGCUGGUGUUGGCUGAUCAAGGCACAUGCUGCAUUGACGAGUUUGACAAGAUGGGCAGUCAGUAUCAGGCUUUGAUGGAAGCCAUGGAACAGCAGACAGUUAGCAUUGCCAAGGCUGGUGUUUUGUGCACUCUGCCAGCCCGCACCUCCAUCCUGGCAGCUGCCAACCCUUGUGGCGGCCACUACAACAGGGCCAAGACUGUCUCUGAAAACCUCAAACUGAAACCUGCUAUGCUGUCUCGCUUUGACCUUAUCUUUGUCCUCCUUGACAAGCCAGAUGAGGAACUGGAUUGCCGCCUCUCAGAGCAUGUGAUGGCACUGCACAGUGGGUCAGGUGACAAGAUUGGUCAUCUGUCCUCCACCAAGAGCAAGAACACCAGCUUUAGCUUUGUCUCCACUAUCUCUAAUGAUGAUGAUGAUGAUAGUGAUAAGCCUCUCAGCGAGCUACUAAAAUGUCCUGCAGCUGAGCCCUUUGAUCCUAUACCACACCAGCUGCUAAGGAAAUAUAUAUGCUAUGCUCGCCGCUAUGUCAACCCUCGCCUCAGUCCUGCUGCUGCCAAGGUGCUGCAAGAAUUUUACCUCGACCUGCGGCAGAGCCAUGUCUCCGAGGCCAUACCCAUUACCACCCGCCAGCUGGAGUCUCUCAUUCGGCUCACACAGGCCCGUGCACGCUGUGAACUGCGUGAGGAGGCAACAGGACGUGAUGCUCAGGACGUCAUUGAGGUGAUGCGCUUCUCCAUGAAGGAUACCUUCACGGAUGACCUCAGCCUUGUGGAGUUCCAGAUGUCCCUGGGUCAAGCAAAGACAGGUUCCAGGGGUCCAGUUAAGAAGUUCAUAGGCGGCCUCAAUCAGUUGUCAGAGAAGACCUGUAAGUCAACCUUCAGUGUGAGCGAGAUGAAGCAGCUCAUCAAGCAGAUGAACUUGAAAGUGCCAGACUUUGGAGACUUUCUGGCCAAUCUCAACCACCAUGGUUACCUCAUCAAGAAGGGGCAAGGUGUCUACAAGCUUUCCACAACCUUCGACUCAUAACUGCCUCACCUGGAUCUCGGAGUCAAGAGCCGAAGUGGAGACUCUGGGAUGGGUGCCAAUAGUGUGGAGGGAAUCAGUCAUUGACAUUCGGACACGUCGGACGUCUGCUGCCACUGCUGAGCUCCUGUUGCGAUACUCCCGGAUCUGGUCACG